AUGCCCUACAAGCUGAAAAAAGAGAAGGAGCCUCCAAAAUCUACUAAAAGCACUACAAAGGCUAGCAGCAGCAGUGGAAAAGAUGGAGGUAAUGCAACAGAGAAUUCAGAAGAGAUAAUUAAUGAUAACUUUAGAAGGGUACAUGUGGCAGCAAAAAUCUGGCCUUAUAACUUGUUAGUGCAUGAAAUUGAUCCUGCUGCUGAUAAAGAGCAGCCAGUGUUUGAAAAGAUCCAGCAGCAACAGCAGCAGCAACAGCAGCAGACCUCAAAUAAGCGUCCCAGCAACAGCACCCCUCCACCAACCCAGCUGAAUAAGAUCAAGUACUCAGGGGGACCCCAGAUUGUAAAGAAAGAACGACGGCAAAGUUCCUCUCGUUUCAACUUAAGCAAAAACCGGGAGCUUCAGAAGCUUCCAGCUCUUAAAGAUGCUCCUCCUCAUGAACGGGAAGACCUCUUCAUACAGAAGUUACGACAGUGCUGUGUCCUCUUUGACUUUGUUUCUGAUCCACUCAGUGACUUGAAAUUCAAAGAGGUCAAACGAGCAGGACUCAAUGAAAUGGUGGAAUAUAUUACUCAUAAUCGGGAUGUUGUCACAGAAGCUAUUUAUCCUGAAGCAGUUAUCAUGUUUUCAGUGAAUCUCUUCCGGACACUUCCACCAUCAUCUAAUCCUACAGGAGCAGAAUUUGAUCCUGAAGAAGAUGAACCUACGCUAGAAGCUGCUUGGCCUCAUCUCCAGCUGGUAUAUGAAUUCUUUCUGAGGUUCUUAGAGUCUCCAGACUUUCAACCAAACAUAGCCAAGAAAUAUAUUGACCAGAAGUUUGUAAUGUCACUGUUGGACUUAUUUGAUAGUGAAGAUCCCAGAGAACGAGACUUUCUGAAGACAAUUUUGCAUAGGAUUUAUGGGAAGUUUUUGGGCCUCCGUGCAUAUAUAAGGAGGCAAAUAAACAACAUAUUUUAUAGGUAAGUAGUAAUAAUAGGUAGUCAUUUACUUACUAAGUAGAUUAAACAUCUAUCUAGAAUGAAGGGGUGAGUUGAAUUUAUUUGGGAUCCUUUUUAAUUAGCUCCAUAAGUU